AAAAACUAACUAUGGAGCAUACCGCCUUUGAGGAUCAAAUAUUUGAAUUCUCAGGACCCCUGAGUCCUUUGGAUGGUAAACCCUUAACACCAACAUCUGUGGCCCAUGGCAUGCAUUCGGUUAUGUUAAGUUUGCCACCGGGAGCUACAGUUAUGCAGCACAGUGGUCAAGGGGAUUUGUGUUCACAACGUUUGCCGGAUUGCCAAACUUUGUUGUCAUCAACAUCGCCCAAAAUGGAUCCAUAUAAAUCUUCAACACCCGAUUACGAUAAUAAAAUGGAAUAUGUUACGAAAAUGGGCUGUUAUUCGCCAACACAGAAAUAUGAAUAUUUGACCACAGCCAAUGGCGGUGGAUCGGCUCAUAAAUUGGAUCAUCAUCAGCAAUACUCAUCAACCCCACCGCCCUCACAAUCGGGUAAUCAUACACCAAAUGGUUUGGCUCAUCAACAUCACAAGUCAAUGGCCCACCAUCAACAUCCCCUUCAUCAUCAACAGCAGCAACAACUCCACCAUUCCCCCAAUGCCAUGCUGGACUAUGCUCAUCAUCACCAUCAACAGCAUCAGCUCCACCAUACCAAUGGUAAAAUGGAUUAUGAUCCCCAUGGACAUCAACAGCAGCAGCAACACCAACAACUUCCUCAUCAUCAAGCACCACACCCUCAUCACAUCUAUGCUACCAGCAGUCCUCAUCACAAUCACCAUGAAAUUAUUAAUUCCAAUGAACAUAAUAUGUCCCCAUUAACCGCAAAUGGUUUAAUCGGCAACUCAUCGGCCGUGCCGACAUCGUUGGGUGCCAAUCCAAAUACCGACGGGAGUUUGUUGCAGCAAACAGCAAUGGUUGGUGGUGGACCACCACCACCAACAACAGCAACACCAAAUAGCAAUAAUCUUUUAACUGGCCCAGUACCCCAAACGAAUGGUGGGGGUCUUAACCCGCAACAUCAUCAGCAACAACAACAACAAUCUCCCACCGGGUUAACAAAUGGCCUAAAACUUAAUAAAGCCUCAUCAUCAUCAUCAUUAGCCAAUAAUAGCAAUACAUCGCCUGCUGCUAAAAAGAAUGACAAAAAGAAAGGAGAUCCCAAUGGCAUUAAGAAGAAGAAAACGAGAACUACAUUUACCGCCUAUCAAUUGGAAGAAUUGGAACGGGCCUUUGAACGAGCUCCAUACCCAGAUGUUUUUGCCCGCGAAGAAUUGGCCAUUAAAUUGAAUCUGAGUGAAUCUCGUGUACAAGUUUGGUUUCAAAAUCGCCGCGCCAAGUGGCGUAAACAUGAGCCGCCACGUAAAACUGGUUACAUUAAGACCAGUACUCCGCCCACCUCAACAUUGAAUACCACGCUGGCAGCACCGUUUGCCACAUUUCCACAAACCACAACUGUGACCCCGCCCGGUAGUAUGGACAGUUGGACAAGUUAUCAGCCACCAUAUGAGUUGAGUCCACAAUUUAGUUUACUAUCACCGGCGGCUAGCCCCUACGGUACCUACACCAGCCAGUAUGGUACCUAUGUCCAUGAAUCGCAAAUAUUCCCAAUGCGUCAUUUUGAAUACGGUAGUCCACCACGAGUAGAAAUGGGUGGAGGUGGUGGCGGUGGUGUUGCUCAACAACCUGACGAUGUACACAAAUUACAUAAUCAUGAUGGUUCCGGGUAUAUGACUCAAUCGGGAAUGAUGGGUGAAGAUGUAACAACAGCUGCCCAUUUAGCGGAUGGCACUACUGUACAUAUGGUACAUCAACAGAAUGGUACAAGUUCGAAAUAUUUAACAACCGAGGAAGCCAAAUAUUUGAAUGUUGGUCCCGGCGGUAAUGAGUUGGAGCAGAAUGGUACAAUAUGUCAUAUUACACCCCACGAAUCGCAACAACAGCAGCAAGCAUCACAACAAGCAACGCAUUUAAAUGUUACCACAGCGUCCGGAGCUACGGGUGAUGAUCCAAAUGAUAAUGGCCUACAAACGGUAAUAAAAAGUGAAGAAGUAAAUGCUGCUGCCGCCGCAGCCGCCGGUCAUCAACAACAACAGCAACAAAACGGUACAGUUUCCCAUACUUAUGUUUUGCCGCCUUUUUUGCAUUAA